GCGCACCCACAAGAAGAAACAUAUUGAGAAGUCUGAGGAGAGGGUCAAGGAGGCGAGGGAGGCGCUUCAGGAGGCGCAGCAGCGCCUCUACGACGCGGAGCUCGCGCAGUCCAAGACCCAUCAGGAGACCCUUAGCCAAAUCGAAUUCUACAUCAAGGAAGCUCAGCCCCAGUCAGUUCUUCAAGAGCCGCCCACAGGACCAGAAGAAGUCAAUCCAGUCCACGAGCUCGCGAUGCCCGAGGUCAUGAAUGAGGCGGCGCGUAAGUGCGCAGGGCGCUUUGGGCUGGACGCAGCCGGGUUGCUCCAGGCGGCCUCCGUCAAGAGGGGGGAGCUCCAGGCGCCGUUGCCGGAGCCGCCCGCAGCCG